GAGACAACACAACACAUUACUCAGUCAAGAAACGCCACUUUGCCAACGAAUUGUGGAAGAAAUCGAAAAAGAAAUAGACAAAACAAGUCCUGACAAAAAAGUUGAUGUAGGUAGUUACAGGCUUGAUGGAAACGGGGAGAUGAAAAAAUCAUCAGUAGAGUUAAGACGGUCAGAGGUAUUUUUAUCAGAUGUUAUUGAGAAGAUUUGUGAUAGAAUGGAAGAUUAUGUCCGUGCCACAUACAAAUCUAAUGGACAAUUGGCUGUUUUAAAACUAGUCUUGGAAGAUGGGAAGAUGAAUCCGGACCUCCAAGACGUAGAUAUUGUCACUGAUGGUGAAAUCCAUACUUUGAAGUACCAUUGUGAGAGCAUCCUAGAGGAGCAUGAAGACACGGCAAUGAAAUUAUUCCGCAGUGGAGUCGACAACAUUGACAUACGAUUGUGUUCAAAUUCUGCUCGUUUUUGCAAACAAACUCUUGAUGAUGAUUACAAUUUUGAGGAUGAAAAAGAUGAGUUAUAACUAUAAUGAGUUGUUUAGUUAGCUGGUAGAAUCAAAUCAGGUGUAACAUCUUCCUUUUUGUAUGAAUCAGUAUAAUCUCUUACCAUGUCAAAUUUUAAAAUGUGCCUUGCAUCAAAUCCUUAAACCUUAGGUAGGAGUUACCACAACGUAGCUGUUAAAAAUUGUUUAUUAUACACUCAUUUUAAUUUAACUUUGACUAAAUUUAUCUUUGUUAAUUUUCAAUCAGAAGGGAAGUUAAUUUGUUUUAAUGAAUUUCCUCUAUAGCAUAGCAUAUAAGCUAUUGGAUUACUUACUGUAUUAACCUAAUGCUGUUUAAAAUACGGAAUAAAAUCUGACAUGUUUGAAGAAAUAUUUUAGUUAAAAAUUCAAUUAGACAAAUAGAAAUUCUUUCAGUCUGCAGGUUUGCAGCGGUGGAGGUAUUUGUGGGGGUAUUUUUACUGAAUAGUAGCGGGUUGUUUGAUUUAUUUAAUAUGUUCAUCCAUACCUAAUUUGAAACGUUGUUGUCAGAAAUAUUACAAUUAUCGCAUGAUUUUAUACUUGUAAAUACUUAAAGUAUUAUUUUAAUACGGUAUUUGUAUAAAUGAACAACAUUUAACAUGAGAGAGACUGUUAAGUAAUGAACAACAACAAAAUAAAAGAUAAUCUUAUUUUUAUCGUGUAAAAAUCGAUAAUCUUGAAAUAAAUAUACACCUAUAUUUUUAUACCAAUAUUUAAAAAAGCUAUAUUUUUAAAAUCCAUGUUGUCUUAGUAAAUAAAUCAUAAAUAAAUUGUGAUCAAAGAAUUGUAAAUAACUCUUCUAGGUUUUCAACAUUAACAUUAGAAACAAAUAAAUUAUGUUGAUGUGAUUUUACAAUUAUUUUUAAUUACAUAGUUUUGUUAGGUUCUUACAAAGAACAGUAAAUCAAGUUGUAAAUUAAUAUCUAGAUGUAAUAGAGUAUAACAAUUUUAAUUUUUAAACAUUUGUUAAAAUCAUGUUACUAGCUUUACUUUUAGGUUACAACAUGAACAACUUGUAAUUAAUCCAAAACAAAUCGACAUAUUUGCAACAAAGUAUAAAGAAGUCCAAACAUAAGUAAAAAAUGUAAAUAUAAGCCUAAAGAUCUAUGUAAUAUUGUUUUGAACUAUCAUCACCGACUUCAAACUUUCAAUCAAAAUUAACUAACUUUGCUUGUUUUUUAUCGUGAUGUACAGAUGAUGAAAUUUUGAGUUUAUUGCACAAUAUUGCUAGUGUAUUGAGUUUAUUGCACAAUAUUGCUAGUGUAUUGAGUUUAUUGCACAAUAUUGCUAGUGUAUAGAGAGUACCCACCAUUUUAAGUUAUGAAAGUUUGAAGCAUGUAUGACAGAUCAUUUAAUGGGAUUUAUUUAGGAAGUGUAUGUAUGUAGCUAUUUUCUAAACAGUUUUGUGAAUGCACUAUAGGCAGGGCCGUAUUUAGAAUCUAUGAAGACCCUGGCGGCUCACAUCAAAGAGGUCUAUAUUUUAAUUCUUUAAAGGCUGGAGCUUGGGGAGUUUUGAAAUAGAUGUGGUACAAGAAGAUAAUCUAUUGUAAUUGUGUAACAAUUCACAACCAUUAAAUACAUAAAAAGAAACUAUUAUAUGUAGAGAAAUCUUCAAAUGGGGUACUUCACCUAGGAAAAAUAUUUUUUUUAUUAUUUUAUAUUUUAUAAUAGCGCCAAAAACUAGGUGAAGUUACCCAUUUAAAGUUUUCCCUUCAUCUAAGUUGUUGAGAUAGUAAUGGUGGCACAGUAAAGUUGUUAACCCUGUAUAAUAUAUUUUUUUUUUUAAUCUGUUGUUUUAAGGAUUUCUCAAUGUGACAAAAGUGAGCUUAAAAAUGACAUACAUGCAUAUACCAAAAAUCAUUGUCAAUGGUAUAUUAAAUUUAAUUGCAAACCUGCUGUCGGUUUGGACAAAAAUUAGAUAAUGGAGUAAACUUGUUCUUCUCUGAGGGCUUGUUAAGUACUGGAUGCGGCAAAAUAUCUGAUGGUUUUUAAGUAAAAAAAACUUAGACUAAACAAUUAAAUUGAUAUGAAAAGUUGAAUUGCAUAUUGUAGAAAGGUGCUCGUGUAGAUUAGUGAAAGUAACAUCACAACAAUGAAUCAACUGUGUUUAAGAUCUGAAUAUAACAUCCUUUAUACAAUGCACUUCUUUCAUUGAGCAUUCCUCCAGUUUGGAGGUAAAACUAUGGAACCUUUUCUAAGUUUGCACAAGGCAUGUUGGCAAUUUCAUGGCUUAUGGCUUUUCUCAGUUUGUCCAGUGUGCAGGGGUUAGUUGUGUAAGGAACCCCUACAAGAAAGUCACAAACCCUAACUUCUGGUGACCAGCCAUGCAAUGUCCCCGAAACUUGAGAUCCCUUGACUGCAAAACUCAAAUCAAAACUACGGCUCAGUACAAUAAUUAAAGAAGGAAACAGAUUUUUAUUGUUUUAGAGGUUGUGCUGGAGGACUGUGUGAUUGGUGAUUAAAGAACAAACUAUUUGUCGAAUCCCACUCCCUCUUCCCACCCAACCUAUUGGAAAUUGGAAGAUGCAAGCUAAUAACUUCCCAAUAAAUGAGCAAGCACACCCUUACACAGCCCAACACACACAUACACUCUCAUACUUUCACCCAGCUGAUGUAAGAGUAAAGUUAUUGUCUGUAGAUUGAGAUGAUGUGCGUUUGACCGUAGGUAACAUGGUAAAACCUAGACUCAUGACUGAUUUACUUUUUUAUUUUAAUGUCCCUAGAGGCCAAAAACAAUAUUCAGUGAUAUGUUUAUUAUAUAUAUAUGAACGUGAUGUCUGAAUAUGUUGAAAUGUACAAAUGUGUUGGGUUGAAUAAACUUGAAUGAGUUCCCAAACCAUUACUGGACAGUCACAAACAUGAUUACAAUUGAUUAAAAGUCUGGCGCAUAUCCUUCCUCCAUACAUCUUUCUAGAGCGUGUCUAUCUCAUCCACCCCUCACCAACCUUGCUCAACAGUACAGCAGCAAAAACUGUCAUCUUAACUGUCAGCAUAAAUAUUUUGUUGCAUCUUGUAUAAGAAGUACUGUAACAUGACAAAGUUAGCAUUUCCUUUUCAUGUAUUUAAAAGUGAAAAAAUCUUAUAAUUAUUGUAACGAUUUCCUUUUGUGUGUAUCAAUAUCCCCUGGCAAUCAAUUUGUAAAAAAACUGUGAUAGAAAAAAUAUAUUUUGUAUUUUUUA